AUGGUGAACCUCCCAGACGACCUCCUGCUUUCGAUACUCAGCCGCAUCCCUUGCAAGGCGGACCGCGCUCGGAUGUCCGUCGUCUGCAAGGCGUGGCGCGCGGUGCUCGCCCGCCUCAAGGCCCCGCGCCCGCGCCCGCUCCCGUGGUUCCUCCUCCCCACGCCCCACCUCGGCGGCCCCACCAACGUUGCCUGCGCGCUCAGCGGCUUCCGCGUCCACCACUACAUCUCCAUCAACCCGCCUGGCGCGCGCUUCUUUGGCUCCCACGACGGCGCCGGGCUCUUCCUCCACUACAGCAAGAAGCGCAGCCACCUUCUCCUCGACGCCCGCAACUCCCGAGUCCGCGACCUCCCGGCCGAGAUCCUGCGGUGGAACGACCCGAAUGUCCACCGUAUGGUCAUCCUCGCCGCGACGCUGUCAUCCUCGCCGGAUGACCCGAACUGCGUCGCCGCCGCCAUCGUCGCGGCGUCGCGGGAUCCAGAUCCAGCACCCGGCGCCGUGGCUCCCUUGCCACCAAUCCAGCGCUGCGCUGCGUUCUGGCGCAUGGGGUGGCCGCGGGCGAUCGAGGGUUCUCUGAAUGCGGACCAGUCUGUGCCCAAUCCCGAGGACAUCGUCUACCACGACGGAGCGUUCCGCUUUCUACUCACCCAUGGCGACCACAUCCUUGUGUGUACGCCGACCAUGGGUCAAGCUGGGAAUCUGAUGACGGAUUGGGAGUUGCAAAGCUUCCGUCCUGGUGGACGUAUCUACGACGACCAGUUUAUCCGCGCUCGCUACCUCGUCGAGUCCCGCGGGGGACUGCUCUUGGUCUUGAGAUUCACGGCCUAUCCUACUCAGCCAUGGACGACGUCUUUGUUCAAGGUGUUCCUGGCGACUCGACGCAAGAUACCUAACGCCGACGCCGACUUCCCUGUGGCUAAUUACCCGUGGUCUUGGAUCGAGCUGGACACGCUGGGUGGCCGGAUGCUGUUCGUCGGGUAUGGCUGCUCCAGAUCCUACGAGGUGGAUCAGUACCCUGGCUUCAAGGAUGGCAUUUACUUCCUGGAUGAUGGCAAGCUUGAAGACAAUGCAAUGAUCUUUGGCGAAGACAAUAUGAGGCAAUACCCCUGCAGUGACAACGGGAAGUGGUCGGAAGGGCAUGUCCAGCGCUGCUUCCCGAGGCCAGACCCAUCGGACUACUCUGCUCCAGUUUGGCUUCUCCCUUGAGACGGCUAAACAUUUUUAGCUACUGAGUUGAUCUGCCUGAGAUCAUGAUAAGUGAUGCUAUAGUUUCAACCUUUCUGAUUGCAGUAUUCAGAGUGAGGUAAUUUCUGAUUGCAAUAUUCAGAGUGAGGUAGCUGCCUGUUGCAAUAUAUAGAGUCAGAUAGUAGUCGA